AUGAGGAUCUUCAAGAAACAAAAGGCCCUCAGAAAUGGAGGUGAUGAUGUCCACAAUCUUAGCACUGUGGCUCAGUUUGUCCUCAUGGGGCUCUCUGACCUGCCCGAGGUGCGCUACCCUCUCUUUGUGGUCUUUGCCAUCAUCUACCAGAUCACCUUGGUGGGAAACGGGGCCAUUCUCCUGGCCAUUGGAAUGGAAAAAAAGCUGCACACUCCCAUGUACUACUUCCUGGCGAAUUUGUCCCUCAUAGACAUGUUCUGCUCGUCAACCACUGUCCCCAAGAUGCUGGAGAAUCUCUUGACUGAGGAGCGUGGCAUUUCUUUCAUUGGGUGUGCUUUACAGCUGUACUUCCUGGUGGCCCUGAUGGGGACUGAAGUCUUCCUGCUGGCUGUCAUGGCCUAUGACCGGUACGUGGCCAUCUGCUUCCCGCUGCGUUACACCCUCCUCAUGACCAAGGUUCUCUGUGUCCAGCUGUCAUCUGGGACCUGGGCAGCAGGGUUUCUGAAUUCCUUCAUCCACACAAUGUCCACCUUCCAGCUGUCUUUCUGCAAGUCCAAUCUGGUUGACCAGUACUACUGUGACAUUCCACAGAUUGUGGCCCUCUCAUGCUCGUCCACCUACAUGGCAGAAAUGCUUGCUUUAGUGAUAGGAGGUAUCUUUGGGAUCAGUGCCUUCCUGACCACCCUCAUCUCUUACAUCUACAUCAUCUCCUCCAUCCUCAGGAUCCAGUCGGUGGAAGGGAAGCGCAAAGCCUUCUCCACAUGUGCAUCCCACCUCCUUGUAGUCUGUUUGUUCUAUGGCACGGCCAUAUUUACCUACAUGCGCCGCUCCUCCAGCCGACACUCCCCUGCCAGGGACAGGCUCAUCUCUAUGCUCUAUGGGGUUAUAACCCCCAUGCUGAACCCCAUCAUCUACAGCCUGAGAAACACAGAGGUGAAAGGAGCUCUCAGGAAAAUGCUGUGUUGUGGAUAA